AUGGCCAGCCAUAACCAAAUAGAAUGGGCCCAAAUGCCAGCAACAGGACAUUUACUCAUCGGCACAAACUCAGGCUGGGGUGACGAAACCAUCGUCUCCUCCUCGUCCUCGCCAUUCACCUUUGGCUUCUUCCCUUUGUUCCUCAUCUCUAUCACUUUCUUGUGUGAGUUUGAGUGCAAGGUGGGGACAAAAGUUGGGCUUGCCGCGGGCCGGUACUCUGGGAACAGUCGGCCCGAACGGUACCGGACACCGCAAGCAUUGCACAGCGUCUUUGGGCCCAAUGGGCCCUCUCUCCACUGUGGGGUCUUGGUAAUCUCACAGUGUGUGCACUUCUUGGGGCAACUUGGUGGGGCCCGCGGCACCGAUUUCUCAGCCUCAUCUUCUGACUUCUUUUUACUCAACUUGUCUUUUGAGGCCCGUUUGGAUGUGGAGGUGAAAUGA